AUGCCCCCUGCUGGGGAAACUGAGAGGAUCCUCUCCAGACAAGCGCUGGCUUCCUGGUCACACUGUCCCAGCGCAAUGGGGCCUGGUUCUGUUGUGUGUGGGACGAUAGCAGAUGGUUUCAGAGACCACCUGCCAGAUGGUUAACCCAUAAACCCUUGAGGGGCAGGAAUCAACUUGGUGGUGGGGGUGGGGAACAUGAUAUGCAGGACAAAGACUGUUGGGUAAAGUUCCAAGAAUUGUUGCUGUUCAGGCCACUGCUCCCACGUUCAGGAACUGUACCUUGUGGGUGAGGACAUUUUGUCCCUCCUGCCAUAUAAUUUCCUCCCCCAACCAGGAUUCUGUCCUAGGCAGGAAUGAUACAGUGAUUUAUGCUCAUGCUCAGAAUCACUGCACCUCAGAAUCAAGGAGCAUGGUGAUAUGAGAGGGAUUUCUGGGCACCCCUCAGGGACUACUCUCCUCAGAAUUCCAAGAUGAAGAUCCAUAUGCUAAUAGGUGUACUGAUCGUGGGCUUUGCAGUAGGGAAGGCUCCUGUCCAUGAAGUCCGGACCUGCCACCUCUGUCUCUUAGAAGACCCCUCUGUUGGCUGCAUAUCAGGCUCAGAGAAAUGUACCAUCAGCAGCUCAUCCCCAUGCAUGGUGAUCACUAUCUUCUCUGGUACUAAGAUUCGCUUCUUCAUCCGUGGCUGUGGACAAUACAAUUCUUACCGCUGCCAAGAAAAACACAACACCUACUUUCCAGAGUAUUGGUAUCAGGCCCAGUGCUGCCAGUAUGACUACUGCAACUCCUGGUCUAGUCCUCAGCUUCAGAGCUUGCUGUCUGAGCCUCCUGACCGAGCCCUGCCCCUGUCUGAGUCCCAAAUCUACCAGUUCUACCAGACCCUUAACCUCUCAUUACCCUUACCCAACUUCCAUGGUAGGAAGGAGCCUGAAGACCCAGACCCCUUGCCCACCCUGCCUCUGAACUUGGGUUUAUCUAUUACUGAGUUACGCCACAUGUAUUUGCUUCUUAACAGUUCAGGACUUUUAGUUCUUCCCCGAGCUGAACCCUGACAUCUUUCUUUUCCUGGAUUGUACUCUUAUCCAGCAUUCUCUACUAAUAGCCCAGUAUCUGCUGUUGGAGCACUCAAAAUUCUCUGGUCUGUUAUUUCUUAGUCGUCUUUUGCUUUGUACUUCCAGGUUUAUUUCCCUUGAAGCCAGUUGGCACUGUACCCAGUACUCUCCUAAGAAAGCCACCAUGUCUCUCCCAGACUGACUUGGGAGAGACAUGGUGGCUUUCUUAUCCUAGAAUGUUCCAUCGUUCCCCCCUGAUCUUCUCAAUGUGCACAUUUCCCUUCUUUUGUUGUCAACCCUAGAGCUUCAGUGCUCUACACUGGCUUUUAGAUAGAGAAAAACCACAGCACCAAAGCUUCCUUCAGUUUGGUGGGGUCCAGCCUUGAAUCUGGGUCAAACACAAGACAAAAUAGCAUGCUGUCCUGAUGAGCUACUUUGCUAGCCCUGCCACUUUCUUUCACAUUUGGUUUUGUAUCACUUCCUGCCCUAUCUCCAGGACUCUGCCAGGCUGAACUAGUGGCAAGAUGGAUGACGAAUAGACUUUUUUCUAACUUGGCACUCAGGCGUCAAUCACUUGUUUCUAUCAUCCCCACUCCCACCUGAAAUUGCUGCCUUAUUUCUUGUUCCAGUCCCUGGCCGCCUAAGUUCUGUGUCACCAAGCCUGUACCCAUUUCCAUAGGUGCUCAGGGCGAGGAGAGGGUUCCUGCCCGGAUCUGUUCUAUAUCUCCAGGUUCCCUUCAUAAUAAAAUCAACUGAGCAGGGGCCAGGUGAUGACACACCUGAUUAAGUGUGCACAUUACAGUGUGCAAGGACACAGGUUCAAGCCUCUGGUCCCCAUCUGCAGGUGGAAAGCUUCAUGAUGGUAAAGUAGGGCUGCAGGUGUCUCUCUGUCUCUAUCUCCCCUCUCCAAUCCUCUGUCUCUAUCCAAUAGUAAGUAAAUAAAAAAAAUUUAAAAUAAAAUCAGCUGGGCAAAUUCUGUGUGAUACUGUUUAGAGGGUCAGGCUCAGAUGUGGGUAGGUGUAAGCUGAUUAAAGAAAGUUAAUUGAGGGAGUCAGGUGAUAGUGCAGCGGGUUAAGUGCAUGUGGUGUGAAACGCAAGGACCGGCAUAAGGAUCCCAGAUCCCGGCUCCCCACCUGCAGGGGAGUCGCUUCACAAGUGGUGAAGCAAGUCUGCCUCUCCUCUUUCUCUCGCCAUUUUUCUCUGUCCUAUCCAACAAUGCAAUAACAAUAGCAAUAACAAUAAAAAACAAGGGCAACAAAAGGGAAUGAAUAAAUAUUUUAAAAGUUAAUUGAGUGUGGGCUCAAACAGGAUUAUAGAAUGCUGCCCACUACACUUGUGGCUUCAUUCUGGCCAGUGCCAAAGGGGUUACAGCCAUCAUAUCCCCUAUUCAGAGAUGAAAGCAUGGAGACUGACUCCACCCAGUCAUAACUCCUCACAAAGCCUGGAAACUUAACCCUAAGUGAAUUAAAUGGGAGAAAUUUUAAAUCCUGGCACCCAGCAGCCUUUUAUAGGAUCCCAAAUUGAGGGGUUAUAGGUCACUGAUACACAGGUGGGGUUGCACUAGUUGGGUUUUUUUUUUUUUACUUUAUUAUUUAUUCCCUUUUUGUUGCCCUUGUUUUAUUAUUGUAGUUAUGAGUGAUGUCGUUGUUGGAUAGGACAGAAAGAAAUGGAGAGAGGAGGGGAAGACAGGGGAGAGAAAGACACCUGCACAGGUGGGGAGCCGGGGGCUCGAACUGGGAUCCUUAUGCCAGUCCUUGCGCUUUGCGCCACCUGCGCUUAACCCGCUGUGCUACCACCCAACUCCCACUAGUUGGGUUUUUAAGGGGCUGGCAGACAACUAGGGACACAUGUACCAUUUUACAGCUUGAAUCAAGUUUCUCAUUCAGGGAGAGAGUCACUACAGCACCAGUGCCACCUGACUCCCACAUGGUGCUGCCGCUUGAGCCUGAACCACACACGCCCAACUUGGAUUAGCUCUGCUCCAAUCAAAUUUUUCAUUUUAAUAUUUUAUGUUCAAGUUGAAAACACACAAAACUGAGUAUUCAUAACCCAACCUUAUAAACAGUAAAUGGACACACUGCUCAUGGCCAGAUGUAGUGUUAGCACCAAAACUCAUCUAGAUGAGUACAGGUGGCGUCUCCCCUUCUGAAUCGCACAACCCAGUGUUGAGGUUUUAAAAUCUCCCCCCCUACUUUUCCCUCCUCUCUCGAUUUCUCUCUGUCCUAUACAAUUAAAUGGAAAAAAUGGCCUCCAAGAACGGUGGAUACAUAGUGCAGGCCUGAGCCUCAGCAGUAACCCUGGAGGCUAGAAAAAAAAAAGAUUAUUAACAUUAGAGAGGAGAGGGAGAGAACCAGAGCAUUACUAUGGCACAUGCAAUGCCAGGAUUGAAGUUGGGACCUCUUUUAUUUUAUUUAUUUUUUAUUUUUUAAUUUUUUAAUUUUUUAUUUAAGAAAGGAUUAGUGAACAAAAGCAUAAGGUAGGAGGGGUACAACUCCACACAAUUCCCACCACCCAAUCCCCAUAACCCACCCCCUCCCAUGAUAGCCUUCCCAUUCUCUAGCCCUCUGGGAGCAUGGACCCAGGAUCGUUGA